GUUGUAAUAAAUAUUGCCAAUAUUAUAGAAUUUUAUUUUCUUCCUUCGCUUCCAAAACACAGCAACGACAAGGAAAGCAGUGCCGGAAAGUGAAAGACCGUAAUUGCCGGCGAUGAUACGAGCGGUGAUAGUAAUGAACGAUCAAGGCAAGCCUCGCCUCGUCAAAUUCUACGAACAUCAGCCCGUGGAGAAACAACAAGAAAUCAUUCGGAGCAUAUAUGGAGUUCUAUGCAGUAGAGCUGAGAAUGUGAGCAACUUUGUUCAAGCCGAUUCGACUUUUGGACCGGAUACCAGACUUGUAUACAAGACUUUUGCUACACUGUACUUCAUCGUCAUAUUUGAUGAUUCUGAAAAUGAGCUUGCCAUUCUAGAUCUUAUGCAAGUAUUCGUGGAGACGUUGGACAAGUGUUUCAGUAACGUUUGUGAGCUUGAUAUAGUCUUCAAUUUCAACAAGGUACAUACCAUCCUGGAUGAGAUUAUUUUGGGAGGUCAGGUCAUUGAAAUGAGUUCUUCUGAAGUUGUAAAGGCAGUAGAUGGCAUAUCUUGGUUGGAGAAGAACCCAAAUUCAAUCAUUCGAGUUCCAAAAUCGAUAUCCGGUUGGCAGGGACGAUAGAUAGUAGACCACCACUAACCUCUGUGAAUGGAUGGUAAUGAUGAUACACGAAAGGUGAAUCAACAAAAUAUCACCAAGGAGCAGAUGAUCCGGCGGACAUCCGUCAUCCAUUUUUGGUUGCAUUUUCACAUGAAAUCUCUUAAGCCGGAACCUUUUUCUGCCUCCUCCAAUUACCCAUAUGUUUUUGUUUCUGGGUUGUAUCUUGAAGCUAUUUGACACAGAUAUCUUAAUAAUUUACCAAUCUUGUCUUAUCUCCCCAAUGUUUGUGGUGGUUUGUCCUGUCCCAAUCCAUUGUACCACUAAAAAUGGCACAAGUUUGUUAUUGUA